GCAAGAAACGAUACUAAGGAAAAAGGGAAAAUGAACUUGUACUCUUGUGUUACAGAUUCAGUGGUUCUUUCCUUUGACUCCGUUGGACAUACAAUAGGCUCAGGAAGGAGAGAGAGAAAAGCUGUGGCCAUUGUGCUUCCGCUGUCCAUCCCAUCUCACCUUGCUGCAGACCCAGGAAAAGACAGAGCCCAGAAAGAUCCCAAAGAGACAAUGGCAGCUGCAGACCCAGCCAUUCCCAAGUAUGACAAACUGGGCUUUCUCCUGAACCUGGACUCAAAAUUGCCUCCAGAAUUGGCAUCAAAGUAUGCGAAUUUCUCUGAGGGAGUGUGCAAGCCUGGUUAUGCAUCAGCACUCAUGACUGUCAUCUUCCCAAAGUUCUCAAAGCCGGCACCAAUGUUCUUAGAUGAUUCUUUCAGGAGAUGGGCUCGUAUCAGGGACUUUGUACCCCCCUUUGGAAUUAAAGGACAAGAUAAUUUGAUCAAAGCCAUCCUGUCAGCAACCAAAGAUUACCGUCUAACUCCAGCUCUUGACAGUCUCAGCUGCCGACGAUGUAUUAUUGUGGGAAAUGGUGGAGUACUUGCCAAUAAGUCACUGGGAUUAAAAAUUGAUGACUAUGACGUCGUUGUCAGGCUGAACUCGGCUCCAGUGAAGGGGUUUGAAAAAGAUGUGGGUGGCAAAACAACUCUCCGGAUCACAUAUCCUGAAGGUGCAAUCCAGAAAAUGGAGCAGUAUGAGAAGGAUUCCCUGUUUGUUCUGGCGGGAUUCAAAUGGCAGGAUUUCAAGUGGCUGAAGUACAUUGUUUACAAGGAGAAAGUGUGCUUACUUAGCCAGAUCUGCCUCUGUGUCCUGAGGGAGAAGGCUUCACGAAAUUCCCCAGCAGAGCCCUUCAAAAAGCAUUGCGACACCACAGGAUGAUGUGAUUUCACCCAU